AUGAUUAAAGUGGGUGAGCUUUUCCGCGAUACUGAUUCCACAGAGUUUGUCAUAGUAACAAUGGGCCACGGUAAGAUCCUUGCAAACGGCUCGAGCAAUAGUCUUCUAGAGAAUGAUGAGGAGCUGGAGCUCUUGAAUGGUCCAUCGCAGCCAGAGAUUGUGAGAGAUGGAGAUGGAGAUGGAGAAAGACGUCAAAGAUUGAAAGAGAGAGGGAGAGAUGAAGAAAGAAGUCAGAGAGAGAGAGAGAGAGAGAGAGAGAGAGAGAGAGAGAGAGAUGGAGACAAUCUCCUCCUGGUUUGGAUGAAGCUAUUGCAAUUCCAGAGGCAAGAUAUUGAUGCUGUUUUUGUCACCUCAACAUUGCCAGACUUUUUUGGAUGCAUCAAUUGGCAAGAUAUUGAUGUCAACUUAGAAUGA